AUGCGCAAAAGGACGAGGGCAUCCCCAAUAGGCGGCGGGGCCUUGGAAAGGCUCGACGGGCGGCGCUGGCCAAGCGCAAGGAGGCCGCAGAGAGAGUCGACGGCAGCCCCGCCCCAGAAACCGACGCCACAGCGGCACAUCGCGCGGCUGUUCAGCCUCCUGUCCUACAAGCAGGGCCUGGAGGCGGUGCACAUUCCUGGCACUUUGACGACGCUGCUGGCGCUGCUUCAGCGUCAUGAGAAAUACAACAAGGACAACAUUGAGAAGUUGACGGGGCUGCAGCUGCCCACUGAGAGGGAGUGGAAUAUGUACACGGCGGUUGAGGUGCUGAAAGUCCUCAACCUCGAGAAGGUCUGUGCCACUGACGGCACAAAGAUCACCGCCAAGAAACGCAGGGCGAUCGAAACCCGCCUCCACAGCAAACUGGAGGAGUUCGAGGUGGAGGGCUGCGGCUUGUACUCGGCGGGGCACUGGCGGACCAACGGCUACAGCGUCUCGGUGACCCUGCGGCGGCAGAGAGGACCUCCCCGGCCCGGCGACCCCCCACCCCGCCCCCCCGACACCCCAAAGACCAGCGGCAAACGCGACCGCAGCCGGGCGCCCUUGGGCGCCCCAAAGGGCAGGGGAAUCGCCGACGAAUACUACCGGCAGGACCCCCCUCCAGACGAUGCCAGGAUAGACAAGUACGUCGGCAUCGACCCCGGGCGGACCAAGAUGUGCCCAACCCACAAGACAGCCAGCACAGAGGUCCUUUUAUUGCGGGUUGCGUGGAUCAUUCCCUACCAGCGACGGGGCCUGGCCUGGCGCAUCUACAAGAAGCCCUUCCGCAAGCAGCGGCACCAUGCCUACGUCGGCAGGGAGCGGGCCAUCAAUUGGCAGGCAGAGCAGUUCCACGCCCCCCCGCGCAUGACUACCAUCGUCUGCGACGGCGUGGAGGAGCGGAUAGAGAUGUGGGACACCAAGCGGUGCAACCAACUGCGCCAGCGGUAA